UUUUAUUUUGUCUUUCUUCGUUCUCAAAAAAUAGACUUCGUCCUUUCCUUUUUUCUCUCAAAGUUAGCAGCAUCCCUAAAAUUGUAGCCAUCAUUAACUCCAUCAUCAAAUCCAUCGCAUCCCGCAAAUUUCGUGUUGAAUGUAUGUAGAUCAGAGCAAAGCAUUAGACAUUUUUGUUUUUGUUUCGUUUCUUUUGUAUGAUUGUGUAUAUGUACUCGUUUGGUUCAUCUUGCAGAUUCCUGCAGUCAUCAUCUUUCCGUUUGCUCUUUUGUAAUUAAGGUGCAGUAGCAAUGUGUCAUCAGAUGUGUUUUUUUCUUUCUGAAUGUUAAUUUCUGAGGUACGUUGUAUAUCCAUCAGACUGUGAGGUGUAUGUAUUGUGUGUGACUGUCAACUUUCCAGUGAAGUUUGUGUACACCCACCUCUCUCUGAAGCAGCAGCAGCCACCAAUUAAGCCCACCAUGAACAUCAGGAACAAGACCGAACCAACUCAACCACAGCCACUCUACCAACUAUCAACUCAGUAUCGUCAUUGGCGAUUCUCUCAGUCAGGACUCGAACAGGCCAGAAGAGAACUCAACGAAGGCGCCGUCGGAAGAGUGAAAUCUAAGCUCGAAGAAGAGAGGAACGUCGAGCUCCCUUCAGCCGGUGAUGAGCCAACCGAACCCAGUCAGAUCGAAUAUCUGACCGUCCAAGAUGAACUCGAACUGGUGACCUUCUACCUCUCCAAGAUCUCACAGCUCUGUCGGGCUUCGAUCUUCAACUUUCCCGAGACCGUCGAGGCGACCGCGAUGAGCUACUUGAAACGCUUCUACCUCAGGAACACCUGCAUGGAUUAUCAUCCCAAAAAUAUCAUGCUUACUUGUCUCUUUUUGGCCACCAAGACUGAGAACACCUCGAUCUCGAUCGACAGCUUUGCCUCCCGGAUCCCAAAGACGACCAACGGGGAUGUCCUGGCGCUCGAGUUCCUGGUCGCCCAGUCGCUGAAGUUCCAGUUCAAAGUCCACCAUGCCCAUCUGGCCGCGCGGGGGAUCUAUCUGGACCUGCAGGCCUGUCCGGGCGUCGGUCCGCUCGGCUUGGAGCGACUCUCCCAGGCCUGGCCCGAGGUCUGCGCGCUGCUCCGGACGGGCAGACUGACGGAUGCCGAGUUCCUCUGGACGCCCAGUCAGAUCGCCUGUGCGGCCUGGUGGGUUGCCGAUCGGUCGGCCACCGAGGCCUGGCUCAAAGCCAAGGCCGACCGUCUCCAACCGUCCCCUACUGACAUCCCCUCAACCUGCUUGGGCUUGGAUCCACUCACCCAAUACCUUCAAUCGCUCUCCGAACUCCUCAUCCAGGCUCAGCGGAAACCCAUCGAUAAGGAUCGCGUCACCGCAGUCGAUCGCAGACUCCGCUUCUGUCGUAACCCUGAGAAAGACCCUAAUAGCGCACUCUUUAAGAUCAAACAGGCCGAACUCGAACAUGCUCAUCUCGCUAAACAUCAUCAGAAAUAUCCCCCUAAUUCUAAUCAAGACCCGUUCUCUUGAAUCUAUAUACUUGUACUUGCUUCAUCCCCAAAUCCAUUGUGCACUUUUUUUUUGUAACUUGUAUUCCCCCCUCCCCUCUUGUCUUUUUUUCUAAGAAAGAAAAACUGAUCUCGAUCGUUGAACUUCAACUGAAGAA